UAUUUAUUACUCUGUUGUAGGAGAAAGACUUUGCCAAUGCUUACAAGAAACUCUUUAUACUUGCUUCUCUGGAUCCUGUUUGAUGGAGGUCUCCUAACACCACUUCAGCCACAGCCUCAACAGACUUUAGCCACAGAACCAAAAGAAAAUGUCAUCCACCUGCCAGGCAGGCGAUCCCAUUUCCAACGAGUUAAACGUGGCUGGGUAUGGAAUCAGUUUUUUGUGCUGGAAGAAUACAUGGGCUCCGAACCUCAAUAUGUGGGAAAGCUCCAUUCUGACUUGGACAAGGGAGAGGGAACUGUUAAAUACACGCUCUCUGGAGAUGGUGCAGGCACUGUUUUUACCAUUGAUGAAACUACAGGAGAUAUCCAUGCAAUAAGAAGUCUGGACAGAGAAGAAAAACCUUUCUACACUCUUCGUGCUCAGGCAGUGGACAUAGAAACCAGGAAGCCAUUGGAGCCAGAAUCAGAGUUCAUCAUUAAAGUGCAGGAUAUUAAUGACAAUGAGCCAAAGUUUUUGGAUGGACCUUACGUUGCUAGUGUUCCAGAAAUGUCUCCUGUGGGUGCCUAUGUACUCCAGGUCAAGGCCACGGAUGCAGACGAUCCCACCUAUGGGAACAGUGCCAGAGUCGUUUACAGCAUUCUUCAGGGUCAACCUUAUUUCUCUAUUGAUCCCAAGACAGGUGUAAUUAGGACAGCCUUGCCCAACAUGGACAGAGAAGUCAAAGAGGAGUACCAGGUUCUCAUUCAAGCGAAGGACAUGGGCGGACAACUCGGUGGCCUAGCUGGAACUACAGUUGUCAACAUUACCCUCACUGAUGUCAAUGACAACCCACCUCGAUUCCCAAAAAGCAUCUUUCAUCUGAAAGUUCCUGAAUCUUCUCCUAUUGGCUCAGCAAUUGGAAGGAUAAGAGCGGUAGAUCCUGAUUUUGGAAAAAAUGCAGAAAUUGAAUACAACAUUGUUCCAGGAGAUGGGGGAAAUUUAUUUGACAUUGUCACAGAUGAGGAUACACAAGAAGGAAUCAUUAAAUUGAAAAAGCCUUUAGAUUUUGAAACAAAGAAGGCAUAUACUUUCAAAGUAGAGGCCUCCAACGUUCACCUUGACCACCGCUUUCACUCUGCUGGCCCAUUUAAAGACACUGCUACAGUAAAAAUCAGCGUGCUGGAUGUGGAUGAGCCACCAGUGUUCAGCAAGCCCCUUUACACCAUGGAGGUUUAUGAAGACACGCCUGUGGGGACCAUCAUUGGAGCCGUCACAGCACAAGACCUUGAUGUGGGCAGCAGUGCUGUUAGGUACUUCAUAGAUUGGAAGAGUGAUGGAGACAGCUACUUUACAAUAGAUGGGAAUGAAGGAACCAUCGCCACUAAUGAAUUACUAGACAGAGAGAGCACUGCACAGUAUAAUUUCUCCAUAAUUGCAAGUAAAGUUAGUAAUCCAUUAUUAACCAGUAAAGUUAACAUAGUAAUUAAUGUCCUUGAUGUCAAUGAAUUUCCUCCAGAAAUAUCUGUGCCAUAUGAGACAGCUGUAUGUGAAAAUGCCAAACCAGGACAGAUAAUUCAGAUAGUCAGUGCUGCAGACAGAGAUCUUUCACCUGCUGGGCAACAGUUCUCCUUUAGAUUAUCACCAGAGGCUGCCAUCAAACCAAAUUUUACAGUUCGUGACUUCAGAAACAACACCGCUGGGAUUGAAACCCGCAGAAAUGGAUACAGCCGCAGGCAGCAAGAGUUGUAUUUUCUUCCUAUUGUAAUAGAAGAUAGCAGUUACCCUGUCCAAAGCAGCACAAACACAAUGACUAUCCGUGUUUGUAGAUGUGACUCUGACGGGACCAUCCUGUCUUGCAAUGUGGAAGCAAUCUUUCUACCUGUAGGACUUAGCACUGGAGCUCUGAUUGCAAUUCUACUAUGCAUUGUUAUCCUCUUAGCUAUAGUUGUGCUGUAUAUCGCACUGAGAAGGCAGAGAAAGAAAGACACCCUGAUGACCUCUAAGGAAGACAUCAGAGACAAUGUCAUCCAUUAUGAUGAUGAAGGAGGUGGUGAGGAGGACACCCAGGCCUUUGACAUUGGAGCUCUGAGAAAUCCCAAGGUGAUAGAAGAGAACAAAAUUCGCAGAGAUAUAAAACCUGACUCCCUCUGUUUACCUCGUCAGAGACCACAAGUGGAAGAUAACACAGACAUAAGAGAUUUUAUUCACCAAAGGCUACAGGAAAACGAUGCUGAUCCAGCUGCCCCACCGUAUGAUUCCUUGGCGACUUAUGCUUAUGAGGGAAAUGGUUCUGUGGCAGAGUCACUCAGCUCCAUAGACUCUCUCACCACAGAAGCCGACCAGGACUAUGAUUAUCUCUCAGACUGGGGACCCCGCUUUAAAGUCUUGGCAGACAUGUUUGGAGAAGAAGAGAAUUACAGCCCUGAUAAUGUUACCUAGGGAAGGAGAAAAGGCUGAUAUACAUCUAGUGAAGAAAAUCUUGAUGAAAGUA